UCGUGUCGCAGUCUCUAAUCUCUGCUGUUGCAUGUCCUGGGCAGGCAAGCGUGGGCGACGCAGCAGUGCAGGAUCGCUAGACAGCAAUAUGGAAGGGUCCAUCAUUAGCAGUCCUCACAUGCGCCGAAGAGCUACAUCAACCCGAGAGUGUCCAUCUCGCCCUCACCAGACUAUGCCCAACUCCUCCUCACUCCUAGGGUCCCUGUUCGGUAGCAAGAGGGGCAAGCCCCCCUCGCAGAGCCACGCGGCCGCGCAGACCCCGCACCACGCGGAGGGCGCGGCCGCCGCGCCGCACCCGCACCAUGCGCAGUUCUGCCACCAGAACCCGCCGCCCUACCACCACCACUACCACUACCACCCGCCCCCGCACCCGCACCCGCACCAGUACCACCAGCACGGGCACGGCCACGGGCACGGCCCCUACCUGCCGCACGCCCCGCACCACGGCCCGCACCACGGCCCGCACCACCACGGGCCGCCCCCGCCGCCCGCCGCCGCCAGCACCAAGCCCAAACACAGCGGCAUCAGCACCAUAGUCUAGGCCUAAAGACCCUCCUCGUGACUCUAGUUCCAAACCCAGCUGCAAAGGCACUUAGAGGAAGCAACAAAAUCACACCGUCAGUUUUUACCCAGGCCAUUUAAUGAGCUUAAAGGCUUGCUGUUACUAAAUAAAAUA